AUGUGGUUUACGCAUCCUGAUUUUUUGAGAAUGGUUGAGACUUCUUGGAAUGCUCCGGUGUAUGGUAAUCCGGAUUUUAUUUUUCCUUUCAAGCUGAAGAGAUUGAAGGUAGCUAUGAAGUUGUGGAAUCAACGGGUGUUUGGUAAUGUGAAUGCAAGACUCAAACAGGCUCAAUUGAAGUUAGAAGUGGCUAGUAGGAAUUCGGAUGAGGACCCUUUUGACAUUUCUAAGCAGAAUGAGAUGAAGGAUGCGCUUGUGGCCGUUCAGGAGGUGCGUAUGCAACAGCAUAUUAUGUUGAAGCAAAAAUCUCGCAACAAAUGGAUCUUGGAGGGUUCUAGCAAUACUUCAUAUUUCCAUAGUUCUAUUAAUACUCGUAGAAGUGUCAAUACAAGUUCGGAGUUGGUGACAGAUGAUGGGUCCCUUAUCAUUGAUCCGGACCAAUUAAGAGACCAUGUUGUUUCUUAUUAUGUGAGUAAAUUUAAUGGAGUAGAUACGCAGAUUGAUGAUAGUUUGUUUGAGUAUGAACAUAAUUUUAUUUCUCUUGAGGAAAGACAUAUGUUGGAUUCUAUUCCUUCUUUGGAAGAUAUUAAGGUGGCGGUGUUUGAUUUGGGUGCGAAUAGUGCUCCAGGUCUGGAUGGUUUCUCGGGGUGUUUUUAUAGACAUUGUUGGGAUUUAAUUCAUCAAGACCUAGCUAAGGCUAUUAUUUUUUGCUGGAACAACAAAACUAUUCUUAAUGGGGCUAAUUCUAGUCUCAUUCUUUUUCUUGCUAAGGGUAAUAUGAUGAGUCUAACAAACUUAGUGAAGCUCCUGGGUGAUUAUCAACAAGCUUCUGGUCAGCAAGUUUGCAGGGAGAAGAGCAAAAUUUAUUUUGGAGGUGGGUCUUUGCAUAGGAGACAAUCUAUUGUAGACUUCUUAGGCAUGGGAGUGAAUUAUUUCCCGGAUAGAUAUUUGGGGGUUAAGGUGAUGCCUGGAGUGGUGAAGUAUAGUCAUAUUAGUAACGUGGUGGAUAAACUGAAGGACCAUCUUUCAGUUUACAAAGGUAAGAUGCUUUCCUUUCAGGAUCGCGUGGUUCUUGUUAAACUGUCCUUUCAAAGAGCUUUUGUGGUUGGUUAUGACAAGAUCUGCAGUCCGGUGCGGGAAAAGGGCCUUGGGCUUACUAGCCUAAGCAACAUGAACAAGGCACUGAUUAUGAAGUUGUGGUGGAGUAUUAAAGCUUCUAUGAAGAAAUGGGCUAGAUUUUUGGAAUCGAAAUUCACUUGUAGAGAUGGUCGGCUGAAGUUGGCUGGAGUUAAAUCUUCAAUUCUUCCCGGGAUUCGUUGGGUGCACACUGAAGUUAUGCGCACUAAUAAAUCUUUAAUUGGUGACGGUAGAGCAACUUCACUAUUUUAUGAUGUAUGGUAUGGGUCUGAAACUUUGGCAGAUGUUUUGCAACAACCCGACCUUGACAGAAAUGCAAGGGUUAGCGAUAUCAUUGUGCAGGAUCAAUGGCAGCUGGAAGGAUUUCAUAUGCACGACCUCGUCAGUGCUGGUGUGGAUCUGGAGAGCUUGCCAAGGAGGCACACAGGCAGUGAUAGGAAGAUAUGGAUGCCGGACCUUAAAGGUUUAUUCUAUGUUAAGUCUGCAAGGGAGCUGGUGAGGAUGAGAUAUUCGGUGUUGGAGGAAGCAAAUCUGUUAUGGAAGAGUGUUGUGCACCCUUCUUUGGCAGCGCAAAAUUGGAAGUUUGUCAGGGGAGCUUGUGCAACUCUGGAUAAAGUAAAGAGCAGGUUCAAGAUAGCUCUUACGUCGAGGUGCAAUGUGUGCCAGAUUGAGGAGGAGUCUUUGGAACAUGUUCAUUGGAGCUGUAGUGCUGCGAAUCGGGCUUGGCAAUGGCUGGCAGGUAUUUUCCAUAUUAUUCCUCAUUUUAACUUGCUUUCUGCUAACAAGGAAGCGAAAGGGCGUAGCAGAAUGGUUAAAGACCUGUGGUUAGUCUCAAUCUUGGUGCUGCGUUCGGAGCUAUGGUACCAAAGGAAUAAGAUGGUCUAUGAAAAGAAGAAGCCUUGCUGGACUUUCUUCAAAAAACGUGUGUUUAACCUCAUUCAUGAGUAUUCCGCUAGAAUGACAGGAUGUAUGUUCAACAAGGUAGAAGAUCUUGAGAUUCUGAAUUUUUUCAGAGCUAAAUGUCAUAGGGUGAAGAUGUUAGAGCCUGUUGAGUGUUUUUGGCAACCUCCUAUGCACAAUCAGCUCUUGCUGUGCUGUGACGGUGCCUCUAGAGGCAAUCCAGGGGUGGCGGGAGCUGGUGUGGUGGCGAUAAAUUCUGCUUGUGAAGUGGUUGGGGCGAUGUGUGUUGGUCUUGGAAUUAUUUCCAAUUAUAUGGCGGAGUUGUAUAGCAUUCUGAUUGGUUUAGAAUGGGCAGUUCAAUGGGGAUACCGGGAUGUUCUAGUGCGGACUAAUUCAUCAAGUGUCAUAACAGCUUUGGAAGGGGAUUCUAUUCCUUGGUUUGCUAGACAGAGAUGGUAUGAUGUAAAGGGCAUGUUUGAUUCUAUAAAUUUUGUGCACACGUACUGUGAAGCCAAUUUCGCAGCUGACAAGAUGGAGAAGACUGGUUGCUUAUUAGAUAAUGGAGUGAGACUCACUUUUGUUGGUCGUCCUGAUUUCUCAUGUACUAUCUUGUAA